AUGUCCGGCCUUCUUGAAGAUGUACCCACCCCAUGCCCCUCCAGGCUGGGGACCUUCCGAGUCAACCGCAGCAGCGAGGGAAACGACUCAAUAUAUAGCAUAUGGGAAGACAGUCUAGAUUCCUGCGAAGAUACCGCGAAUAUCGAAUUCACAACCGAAAUCCGAGCCCCUGUCCUAACCGGCGCCAAACCCCGACGACGAACCAAGACCAGCUCUUCCUCGUCAGCAUCAUCCUUUGCUAUCCAUGAUGAGUGCGAAGAGAAGCACGCUGCACCGACCACCAAGCGGAGAAAAGACAGUGGAACAAUUGCUGCGCCUUCGAAUCGAAAAUCCUCGCUCCUAGCUCAGCCGGCUCAACGAUUUCGACCUAAAGUUAGUCUCGCUGCCAAUUCGCCCGCGAAGCAGACACGAUCACAAGGGGAGAUGGUUGGGAGGACUCAGCCUCGCAAGGUUGAUGUGGAUAAGAAUAAGGAGCUCUUGAUGCGGAUCAAGGGGGUCUCUCAGCAGGCACGUGCCAGCGAGGCGAAGGAUGUUCAUCACGAUGCGGUGUAUGUUCCUCCGAGCGAGCCAAGAGGAGCUAGUUCUUUCAUGGAUAUGUUCAGUCCGCUCAAGUCUGAAUACCUCCCGGGUCAGUCUGAAAAUACAAACGAAGCACGGGUUGCAAGAAAACGACAAACGAAACCGUCACUCGCCGCCUCCCCGCAUCGAGCUCCGUUGCAGCCCAGCGCAAAAAUCAGCCAGGAGUCUCGCAUUCAUGUAGACGUCGUCGGAAAGAAUGGUGGAAAGGAGAAUAUUCCUCCGGGCACGCUUCUGGUUGACGGCAAGGAAAAGAAAUUUCCGUUGGCAAAGUCGGGGGAUAUCUUUGACGAAAUGUCGAAAGCACACAAACCAGCAGCGAGUAAACAAACGCGUCCUCCCACGAAGCAGGCUGUCAAGCCAUUGGCUGCUAAGUCGGUCAACGGAUCUCUCCAGAGAGCGAUGAACAAUGUCAAAAGAUCUUCGGUCAAGGCCGGCUUGAAAGAUAACGUGAAGCCAAAGAUGACCACGACGAAACGGCCAUUGUCGGCGUCCACAGGAUCAACGCUGUCCAGCUCUUUGAAGCGAUCAAAAGGCCCUGUUGCUACUUCCAGAGCUACGGCUAGCCGAACUAACACGAAGAAACUAGAUCGCGAAUAUCCGCUGAUCAAGGAGGAUAUCAAAAAUCCAGCACUGUACGAGGACAAUUGGCUCUCGCAUCAGGAGAUAGUAAUCACGCAGCUGGUCAACGGACUUUUUGAAUCUGCAGAGAAUUCUACAGUCAGUGAUCCUGUCGCCCAGCGACAUAGCUUCCUGGCGCUAUACCAACAUCCCUCGUUUGCGCACCUUUACAAGCGAGUCCAGGCAUCCUUGUUGUACGGCGCCUUGAGUAUCCCGAAAGAUGUUCUUGCCCGGACCACCCGGCUCAAGCAAGACCUUGGAAUGAAAAAGAAAUACCUUGACUUUUGGGUAAACACGUAUGAGCUUGGAGUACUGAAAGUGGGCUUGGAAACAAUUACCGGCAGAAGAUUAUCCGGCUCGAAAGAGACGGAGCAAAGCACAGCUGCCGAUGAUUCUAGCCUGAAGCGGAAGAUAGAAAGAUUCUUAGAUCUUUUUCUGCUCCAGAACCAGGAUAUGGACCGAGACACGAAGGAAUCAGAUGCUAAACUGCUCGGCAAAGCCUACCACCGGACGGUUUUCCGCAGUAUCAUGUUGAUCAUCCUUCUGGAUAAAGCGGCGACAGAGUCUGAGGCGAAGCCUCCCCGUCUUUUUCUCUUGUCAUCGCCGUAUAAGUCUUCCGCUGCUGUUUUUCGGGGGUUGGCUCGCUUUCUGCUGCCGUCUUCCGGGGAUGUCAUUAAGGCAUUGAAUCAUCUGGACUGCCAUCUGACCUACGAACAACGUCCGAUCCAGGAGUACGAGUACAGAAUUAACAACCUUGCCGUUGACCUGAGGGAUGGCGUUAGAUUGACGAGGGUUAUGGAAUUGCUCCUCUUUCCGCGCUCGGGCAAUGCUCAUUCCGAGUGUUUAUGGCCCCUUUCUCAAAACUUGAAGUUCCCUUGCUUGAGCCGCGCGGUCAAGACAUUCAAUGUUGCAAUUGCCUUGAAUGCUUUAACUUCUAUGGAAGGCUCGAGAGGGCUACUGAGCAAUGUACGCGCAGAAGACAUUGUGAACGGUCACCGUGAAAAGACCAUUUCGCUUCUUUGGGGAUUGGUCAGCAAAUGGGGUCUCGAUGAGCUUGUCAAUUGGAAUGACUUGACCAAAGAAAUUCAGCGGCUGAAGCUGAAAGCCAGCCAGCAGUUCGGAUACGAGCAGGUUGUGGAUAAAGAUUGGUUCCGAGGAGACAAUUUGGACAUGUUGGAUGAGAGAGAUGCACCUGUUCUGCUGCUCAAGCAGUGGGCAUCUAUUCUCGCACAUUUGAAAGGCCUACAGCUGAACAAUCUCAGCACCAGCUUCGGAGAUGGCAAAAUCUACCAAAGUAUUGUGGAUGAGUAUGCGGAGUACAUUCUUCACGAAGACCCAGACCCCUUGACUAGUGGGCAGCCCCUGUCCUUGCAGUCCCGUCUUCAAGCAUUGGGAUGCAGUGCACAUUUCGCGAACCUGCUCCAUCCCAGCACGUCCAAAAUCCACAUCCUAGACAAUGACUUCACAAUCGGCGCUCUUUCCUUCCUCUGCUCUCGCCUUCUCUCGGCCAGCAAACGCGCCGGCGCCGCGACAGUGCUCCAGCAGGCAUGGCGACGUAAUCUUGCACGUCGCGAUUUACAUCGACGGAUCGUCGCGCGCGAUUUUGCCAGGCAGUGCGCCGCGGUGGUACAGACCAAGGAGCGAAUUUGGGCCACUUCAGUUAUUCUACACUGGUGGAGAAACGUGAAGGCGAAACAGCAGCUUCGAAACGGAUAG